UGCAGGCAGCAACCAGGGCUUCUAUACUCUUGAAGCUAAUACUUGUGAUCCAGUCUGUUCUUUGCUUCUUGGGAGUUCGAACUCUAUAGAUUCCAAGGUAACAGAAGUAUCAUUUUCAAGGCUAAGACAAUGACAGAGAGGAUGCUUUUGAACUUGUGAAUCCUUUGGAGGACUUUGCUUCCUUUCCCUGCAUUUUGAAAAAGAAUUUUCAUUCUACCCUUCCUUCUUCUGAACCCGUGUUGAAAGUGACCUUCAUGGAAUCCCCAGUAUACAUUUUUCGUGAGGAACCAGGCCCCACUUGCUCCCCAGGACACUGCCUGCUUCCAAGCAGUAGCAGCAACUGGCUCUUAGACUGGGCUCAAUAUGGCAACAAUAGCAGUGGCAUGUAUGAGGACUUCCAGCAGAACCACACAAACAUCUCCCCUACUAUUCCCAUAAUCAUCACAGCUGUCUAUUCCAUGGUCUUUGUGGUUGGCUUGGUUGGCAACUCUCUAGUGAUGUUUGUCAUCAUAAGAUACACAAAGAUGAAGACCGCCACCAACAUUUAUAUUUUUAACUUGGCUCUGGCUGAUGCCUUAGUAACCACAACAAUGCCUUUCCAAAGCACAGAGUACUUAAUGAACUCCUGGCCAUUUGGGGAUGUGCUGUGUAAGAUUGUCAUUUCCAUUGACUACUACAACAUGUUUACCAGCAUAUUCACUCUGACCAUGAUGAGCGUUGAUCGAUAUAUUGCUGUGUGCCACCCUGUGAAGGCUCUGGACUUCCGUACCCCUCUGAAGGCAAAGAUCAUCAACAUCUGCAUCUGGUUAUUAUCUUCAUCAGUGGGCAUAUUGGCCAUUGUUCUUGGCGGAACCAAGGUCAGGGAAGGCAGUACCGAGUGUUCACUGCAGUUUCCUGAUGAAGAUUAUGUUUGGUGGGACAUCUUUAUGAAAAUCUGUGUCUUUGUUUUUGCAUUUAUUAUCCCAGUGUUGAUUAUAGUAGUUUGCUAUACUCUGAUGAUUCUGCGCUUGAAGAAUGUAAGACUUCUUUCUGGCUCUCGAGAAAAAGACCGAAACCUCCGCCGCAUCACCAGAUUGGUUCUUGUUGUAGUGGCAGUUUUUAUUAUCUGUUGGACUCCAAUCCAUAUUUUUGUGCUGAUUGAGGCCCUGGGCGAUGUGUCCCACAGUACUGCAGCCAUUUCAAGUUAUUAUUUCUGCAUUGCUUUGGGAUACACCAAUAGCAGUCUCAAUCCUAUCCUUUAUGCUUUUCUGGAUGAAAACUUCAAGCGUUGUUUCAAAGAUUUCUGCUUUCCCUUUAAGUUGAAGACUGACAGACAAAACACCAACAGAGUCAGAAGCAUCAUCCGUGACCCUGCUUAUGCAGAAGAGGUUGAUGGGACAAACAAACCAGUAUGACUAGCCAUGGAAAUGUCAUCUUACUGUCCUCCAGGACAAGAUGAAUCAAAUGACUUUGGAUUAACUCAGAUAACUACUGCAGUGUGAAAUGGACAAUAAUAAUUCCACUUGAUACCAAUGUAAGAAAUCCCACAGUCGGAACUUAUAUAUUAUUACUAAUGGGAAUAAGGGUUUCUCAAAUGUACUUUUAGAUCAUAUUAAAAGAAGAUUUUUGUACACAGCUGUGUAUCAGUUUUGAGAAGAAAAAGCAGAAAAAACUCAGUAUCUUUGUGGAAAGAGAAAUCUGUUUUUCUUAUACUAUCUUUUUGCUGUUUAGAUUCCAUAUGGAAAGGAUAGUGUGGCUUUCAGUGACUGGUAAAAAAAAUAAUUAAAGAAUAAUAAUAUUAUUUUACUAUACUGUAUUAUAAGAAAAGGUGUCAGUUCCAAACUUAUAAUACCUGCCAAAACUUCAAAAUCAACAUUUUCCUUACAGACUUUGUAAACAUAAUAUGUUUCUAAAUAUCUUCACAACCAUGAACCAUGUAGCAAAUUAUGGAAACUAGUUUUUUGUUGUUUAAAUUUUAGAGUUCCUGAAGGAUAGAUAGACACAAUCAUAUUUUACAUGAUGACUGUAUUGAUUACUUCAUUGGCUGUCAAUGGAAAUAUGAAAUACAGGCAAGUAAUAGCCAUUAAUGCUGCAGGAACCUUGCAUAUGAUAAUUAUAAAAUUAUUGCAUGAGCAGGCUACGUGAAUGUUAUUGACUUACAUAAUUUAUAUCUAACUGCUGCUUCCUAUCUAGGAAAGGGUUGCCAGGCCUUCAGCUAUGGUGGAAGAUAUCCUGCUAGAAACCUUUGUUGCCCAUUAUUGCUUGAAGCGGUGGCGGGAAAAUUUCUUUGUUAAAAAUGCCAUUGGUGUGCAUGACAUGACAUGACUUCCAGGGAAAAACCAAAUAUGAUAUCAUGUUGCUCCAGGAAUCACUGGUAACUCUAUGGUUACCAUAGAGUCUCCAGUGAUUUCCAGAGUGAUAUGAUAUCACUUCUGGUUUUACCAGAAGUAAUGUCAUGGCACACACAAUACUGGUCUACCUCAUGUCCCCAAUCCCAUUUUUUUGACAUAUUCCAGUGAAAGUUGAAAUCACAUUCAGCUAAUUUCUACAAUCACCAGGGAGUUUUCAGACCUCCAUAAACCCUGAUUUCCCAGAUUUCAUUCAUUCGAAUGAUAUAAUCAUCUUCCAGUGAAUUCCAAAUACAAUUAAAAAGCAUUAGAGAGGGGAGGGUAUAAUAAAUCACUGAUCGAUGUUUUCACAAAAGUCUACCCAACUAAACACUGAUUGGAUCCUCAUCUUCUUUCUGUUAAGUGGUUGGCCUUCUUCAGGAAAAAAAAUAAUUCCUCACUUAACAGAAGGAAACUUUAGGCUCCAACUCUAAUAGUGCUAUUUUAAGUUUGUCUGCUUAGAAUCUGUGAUGCUCAGGAGGCUAUCCUGACUCUGAAAGGAAAAUCAGCCACUCAGAUGAGCCCGUACGAGUGCUGCCCCAGAAUUCAAACACCUUCUAGAAGGGGAAUGAGAUGUUGGAGGGAACACAGGGAAAGGAGUUGUUGAAUUCUGCUUCCGUGCGAGAGCAGUGAUGGCUCAGGUCUGACUGAGGAAAAGACCAGACAGAGUGAAGAGUAACUCUGCUUGGCAGUGUAGCAAAGUGAUUAAGCUCUAUAUCCAGGAGAGAAAAGGGUACCCAAUUGUUAGGCCUUCCUCUGGCUUUUGAGAAAGGGCAAGCUGGUGGAAUCCUGAGUGGAUGAUCCAACCUAGCAGCUAGUCAAUAAAAGUCCAUUUGUGCCAGAAAGCAUUAUAGAAAAGUCUAACUACUCUUCAAAGUCAUAAUGAGUUUGAAUUUUUGUCUCAGCCAGGUUUCUACUUGUCUACCUGGAGACCUGUGCUGGUUUGUUUCUUUAAAACCAACCUGUAAAUAAAUAAAUCUUCUUGGUUGUUUAUAUGUUAAUCCAGCUUCAGUGAUCUCAAUAAUCUUUUUGUGCACAACAAAUUUACCUCACAGCAGUGAACCCAAAACCUAUACACUCCCUACCUUUAGAGCACCUGCAACUGAGUGGAAGGUUUACAGUUCAAAACAAAUCUAAAUCCCAAAAAUCUUAGGAGACCAUAUAUGUCCCCUCAGCAGAAAAAAAGAGGCUUUUUACAGAAUGCUAUUCAUAUCUGUUUAACAGAAUUUCCUCUUAAGAAAGCAUUCUUAGGAUGGCACUAUUAGUCUAACAUAUUUGGUUCUGGUGGUCUCCUUUUGGAAGUUACAUUACUAAAGUGUCAAGGACAAAAAUGAACACACAAGAAUCAUAAAAUUAAAACUACUACUACUACCCUUUCUGUUUGUAAAGUAAGCUUGAAAAUGUGCCAUUGCUGAAGUCUAGGAAAUGAUGUGGCUUUAAAAAAGUCUAGAAUGAAAACAUUUAUCCUCUUUCUUCCACUUUAUUCCCAAACCUAUUCACAUUGUACAGAGAUGAAGUGUUUACCAGUUUCCUUAGCUUCCCAUUCUUCUCUUUUCUUUACCACAUUCUCUUUUCUUUACCACUUAAAAGCCACACAUUUUUCAGCAAAAAUAAAAUGUACAAAUAUGUAUAAUUUAUUGCAAUUAGUCUUUUCUGACUUAAACAUUGUGGACUGUUCUUUUAUGUCUGUCUGUACUCUGAACUUGGCUUAAGCAUGAUAAUGGAAAUAACUUUUGUACUUGUGUCUUUUCCUAACAGAAUAGUCACAACAUAUUCAUUGUUGUUUUAAUGGCACUUAAAAUACAUGAGAACAUA